UAGCUAACUCGUUUWGAUUUCCCAUAAGGCUGUUCAACAUUCUCUCAUACAGCAACAAGAAGGUCGCAGACAUUUGUUCUUGUUUGAAGGAACAAGCAAAUAAACUUAAAAUAAUCAUGCUGGGACAGGCUGUACGACGAUUCACAACCUCCGCUGUUCGGUCCUCGCAUUACUCUGAGGGACCAGGACAGAACCUGCCAUUCUCGGUGCAGAAUAAGUGGCGUCUGUUGGGCAUGAUGGUGGUGUUCUUCGGCAGUGGCUUCGCCUUUCCCUUCAUCGUCGUCAGACACCAACUCCUGAAGAAGUGAAGUGACAAUGAAUGCCACGUAACCUCCAAGGUCUGCACCUGAACAUCUUUAUCCAGCAGAACUCUGUUUCGAAGAAUGGGAAUCCCUAAUUGUCUUUGUAAAUAAAGUUCACUCAAAUGUA